AUGGUAUCAAUUGUACUACAGAUCAAGUGGGCGUACCUAGUGAAGCCGUCUUGGUCGUGGGGCGGAGAGGCCCCUCUAGUUGGCGCAGUCGACGGAGGUGAGGGCUUGAACGUUAGCGAGGGAGGGCAAGGUGACGGGGCCGAAUUUUCCACCGUUCUGGCCGUUGCAGCUCAUCAAGCCGCCCCCGCCGCCGCCGGAGCACCGGGUGUGACCGAGCACAUUGGCGUUGAGAAGGAGUGCAGAUUGGUCGGCACAAGAGGUUUCGCUGGGCUGGCCGCCGAAUCCCAAGCCGCUGAAAGCACCGGCGCCUGGGAGGUUGCCGAGCGUGUUGUCGGUUGGGAGGCCCCCAAGCUGAAGCAGGUCGCCGAGACCUCUCGGCGAGACAGACUCGGCAAAGACCGAGUGGAGAAAAGCGAACGACAAAGCGAUGACGGUGUUGCAGCGCAUGGUUAAGGAUCGACUGUGUGACUGGGGCUGUGGGGUUGAACUAUAUAAUUUGGGUGUAGUGAAGCUGGGGGGCGAGUUGAAGCUGAUGAUGAAAGGGGAGAACACCGAUGGUUAGUGUCUACUUAUAUCCUAG